AUGACAGAGAUGAAGAUAUUUUUGGUUGAUAGAGAAAGUAUUGAGAAUGUGAAUGUUAAGCAACCGGAAGCCGAAUUACAAUCACUACCUAAUAAUGUUAUUAAUGAGUUUAAUCCAAAUAAGAUUGUGCGUGAUCUAGGUAUUAGGAAACAAAUUCAUGAGUAUGCUCCGGAUAUUCAAGACCAUGUGAGGAGGGCAUAUAUAUUAAAGGGUCCAAUGCAACCAGAUUUGAAAAGCUUUCCUUGUACUCCAUUUGGAAGUGCUAAAAGAGAAUUUAGUAAAUCAUGGUAUAUGAAUUAUGCAUGGUUAGAAUACAGUGAGAUCAAGGAUGUAGCUUAUUGUUUUUAUCAUUUUCUCUUUAAGAAACUCGGGAGGGCCGAGCACUUUGGUUUUAAAGUCUUCACUAAAAGUGGAUAUAAAGAUUGGAAGCAUGCAUCUCAAGGAUUGAAAGAUCAAGUUGGUAGUCAUAAUAGUUUGCAUAACUCAUGUGUCAAGCACUAUGAUGAUUAUAGUAACUAA